AUUGCCGGGAAAUCUGCAGCUCAAACGCUACUGUAUUCGCCAAGGAAAUAUUUAUGAGAAAAUUGUUAUUGUGUUAAGAUUAAACACAUUACAGUGUCUCUGGUUGUACAUUGUACCUGUCGGAGCAGUUAUGGACGACUAUGACGAACUUUUCGAGAUAGAGGAUGACUUCGAGGAUCAGUUCGCCGACGAGCUGGAGGCGAUGGCUCAGAUCGAGGACGAAUCCUCUAAGCCUGAGAAACGUCAGAAGCAGAAUCCAGGAGACGACAUUUCUGACAUGCAGCACCUGCUGGAUUCUCAGCCCACCACCCCAAAAGCAAAGCGGCAGAAGCAGGAUGCAGGAGUGGUCAAGCGCCUUUUCAACACAGUGCAGACUCAAGAGAGCAAAGCCCCGUCACAGAAAGAUGACAUCACUCCGCCGUCCUCUCCAGAGCAAUGUGAACCACCUCGCAGGUCUACCCAGUCUGUGUUGGAUAUCAGUGGAUUUGCUUCAAUCCUAGAUUCGCCCAGGCGACCUGCAGCAGCGACGGCAUCGCUGCAUGUGCUGAAGCGGCCUCCCAUCGAGGGAGAGUACGUCAGUGUGACGGACUCUUCAGGGAGUCGAGUCUACCUCAAACAAACAGAAGACACGGCGACAAAGGUUGUGGACUCCAGAUUUGUACCAGAUUUCCAGGGUUCAUUGGGGCUGCUGGCAGUGCCAAUCAAUGCGCUGCGAGAUCAAGAGUCAGAUAGGCGCCACCAGCUGGUUGUGGAAGAGUCUCUGUAUCUUUCAGAAGUGCUUGCCAGCAGUUUGAACGAUGUGCUGGUUGAUCCGGAAGAAGAGGAAGACGAUCCUGAUGACGCAGAGGGCCGAACCUCUCGCCUCUGGGUGGACAGAUUCUCUCCCCGACAGUACACACAGCUGCUCAGUGAUGAUUUUACCAACCGCUGUCUGCUGAAGUGGUUGAAACUUUGGGACACAGUUGUGUUUGGAAGAGAGAGGAAGAUCCGCCCUGUCCGGUCUGAGAAACAGGCUCCCAACGAGAGCUCAUUUAAACCCAAUCAACCCAAUCCGAACCCAAUUCGCUUCAAGACCAAGAUCGAAAUGACGGAGGAGAUACUGGAGGCCGAACUGGACCAGCACAAUCGCCCCAGAUUCAAGGUGGCAUUGCUGUCCGGUCCUCCUGGUUUGGGGAAGACCACCCUGGCUCAUGUCAUAGCAAAGCAUGCUGGGUACAACGUGGUUGAAAUCAAUGCCAGUGACGACCGCAGUGCAGAGGUUUUCCAAAAACGCAUCGACACGGCAACGCAGAUGAAGUCUGUUUUGGGAUCCAAUGAGAAGCCAAACUGCCUCAUUAUUGAUGAGAUCGACGGAGCACCUACGGCUGCUAUCAACAUCCUGUUAGCAGCUCUGCACAGGAAAGACGGACACGGCGGGGAUGCUGGUGCAGAGACGGGGAAGAAAAAAAAGAAGAAGGAGACCAUCCUGCUCCGACCAAUCAUCUGCAUCUGUAACGACCUUUAUACUCCAGCUCUCAGACCUCUCAGGCAGCUGGCCUUCCUCCUGGUGUUCCCUCAGACCCAACCCUCCCGCCUGUCACAGAGACUGUCAGAGAUCUCACGAAAGCAGGGGAUGAAGACGGACACAGCAACUCUGCUGUCGCUGUGUGAGAAGACGGACAACGACAUCAGGUCUUGCAUCAACACGCUGCAGUUCCUCCACGGCCGCGGCCACAAGCGAGUGGACACGAAGACCAUCCAGUGUGUGUCUGUGGGGCAGAAGGACCAGAACAAAGGCCUGUUCCAUCUGUGGCAGGGCAUCUUCCAGCUACAGCGGCCAAAACGGAAACGUAUUGGUCAGGGGUUUGACGAGGCCUCGGGCUCAGGGGAAGGAGCUCAGAGGUUUCAGCACAUUUUAAGUCUGGCUUAUUCAAGCGGAGAGUAUGAGAAGGUUUCUCAGGGUCUGUAUGAUAAUUAUCUGUCGAUGCGUGUGCGGGACCCCAACAUGCAGUGUGUGUGUGAGGGUCUGGAGUGGCUGUCGUUCUCAGACAGGUUGAACCAGGUGAUUCUGCAGGGGCAGAACUUCUCUCUGAUGAGAUAUCUGCCCUUCCUGUCCGUCACCUUCCACUUCCUGUUUGCCAACACACAUGUGCCCCGUAUCAGCUAUCCACACAGCCAGCACGAGGCCUCUUCGCGGCUCCUCGGUAGCAAGAACGCUCUGUCCACCAUGAUGGCCGACAUCCCACCAUGCAUCAGAACGAGGAUCAGCCAGCUCACUCUGUCUCUUGAUAUCCUCACACUGCUCCUCGACAUCAUCUGUCCCAAACUACGGCCUGUGAAUCCGCAGCUGUUCAGCACCAGAGAGAAAGAGCAGAUGCGAGAGCUCAUCAACACAAUGCUGGCAUACAAUCUCUCAUACAGGCAGGACCGCACACCAGAGGGGCAGUACACAUACAUGCUGGAGCCGCGUGUAGAUGAUGUGGUGAGGUUCCCCGGCCUGCCUCCACGUCGCCAGCUGACCUACCAGGCCAAACAAACCAUCAGCAGAGAGAUGGAGCAGGAGAAGAUGAGGAGAGCCGAGCAGCUGAUGCUGCAGAGGAACCCUGUCGUGCACAAACCGGCGGAAAAAAAGGCGGAUGGUCCUCGUCCCAUCAGGAACCAUCAGCAGAGGCUGGAGAACAUCGUUAAGCAGACCACAGUGGAGAUCAGGCCCGAGGUGGAUUUCUUUGGUCGAGUUCUGGCCCCCAAACCUCCGAGACCCCCACCCGUCUCAGAGACAGGUGAGAAGUGUCCGAGUACUUGUAUGGGAAAGGCAGUGGGCGACAGUGACGUCUGGUUCCGGUUCAACGAGGGCAUGUCCAACGCCGUCAGACGAAAUGUCUACAUCAGAGAACUACUGUAACACACACACUGACAAACACACAUUACUGCCUGUAUUUUAUAUGUAAGGGUCUGAAUAAAUCCAAAAUCCAGCUGUUAAAUUCCAAACAGUCUUUAUUUUGAUUGACAGUGUAAAGAGCCAAUAAAAACGAGUUGUUGAA